AUGCCCAUCUUCAAAAACCUUCCAUUGCGCCUGAAAGGUGGUGGCCCGACUCUAGAAAACGCUUUGAUCCUGCGCAGGAUGAGCCUCAACAUCACCCCCAACCAUCACCAUCCCACCCCCUUUGACCAUGACGAUGACGGCAUCCAAGGCAAUGGUAGCCAUGGCGACCACUGGUCACCCGGCAGCUCGCUGCUGGACGGCGAUGUGCCGAGGGACCGAAACCCCUUCGAGGACGAGGAGGACGAGAACGAGGCCAACGAAGGGAAGAAGGGAAGCGGAGGUUCAGUGAAGGGAUCGUUCAAGUUCAAGUCCCCGCUGAAGACUCUGGGGAAGCUGGGGAAGAACCUGAGGCUGUCGGGGAGGAGCAAAGGAAGUGAAACGCCGUCACCACAGGGGUCGCUGCAAGGAACGCCGUCACCCGCAACGAAGAAGAAGAGGGGGAGGAGGAGCUCUGAAGGAAGUCUGUUGAGGUUUGCAGGAAAAUACCGCGACACCCUUGGCUCCCGUAAGGAGUCGAUCAACAACGGCGAACUGAACUGCACGGAGAGCGAGUGCGACUCCACCAGCCGCCGCCUGUCCUUCAUGAAGAUGGUGGGUCUGGGGAAGAUGAAAAAGGAGUCCAUGAACGACCACUCGUCCCAGGGCCCCGAGGAGGAGGCGGUGCAGGAGGAGCCGGUGGAGGAGGUGAAACCCAGAGAGCCGCUGUCAGUCCUGGAGAUCCUGCAGCUGGUGAAGAAGCGAGACCUCCUGCUGGCCGACACUCACAUCCUGGAGCUGGAGCAGGAGUGCAAUGAGUCCACGGCGGCCGAGCGGGGCGCUGUGCCGCAGACGGAGGACGCCGCCGCGGCCGCCGCCUCCGCCAGCAUGAAGGACGGCGGGCGCAGGAAGGCCAAGGACGUGGAGCUGCUGUACGAGGAGCUGCAGAAGGAGCUGUGGGCCGUCGUCAGGGAGUCUCUGCGCUCACCGACGGCCGGGCCCAACCUGGGCCUGGUGGUGCAGGUGCUGCAGCAGGAGGAGCAGGCCGAUAAAGACUGGGCCCUCGGCGAGGCUUCGGCCCCCGGCGGCCCGAGGCCCCGCCGUCUGAAGCAGCGCUGGAAGGAGGCCGUGGAGGAGGCCGCCGACGGCUCUCUGCCUCAGAAGACCGAGUUCACCGCCGGAGAGCUGGACCGAUACCUGGACCGGCUCCGGGCCCGGGAGGUGGAGGACCUCGGGGCCGCCAAGAGGAACGUGGUCUCCAUCUACCCCGAGGAGUACCAGCCCUUCCAGGUGUACGUGCAGAGCUACCACCAGGCGGUUGCUAGGCGACUGGAGUCCAUCACCGACAACCAGCUGGAGAUCACGGACAUCUACUCCCUGCUGGACUGGCUGCACAACAUCUACAACAGGGACGUUCUGGGGACCGUGUGCAUAACGAGUCCCUUCAGCCGCUCUCAGCUGAGUCCUCUGCUUCCUUCAGAGACGGUGGACAGACUGGAGCUGGACUGUCUCAACUCAGUGAGGGCUAAAGUGACCACGGAGCUGAGCCAGGUCCUGGACGAGGAGGAGAGGAGAUGGAUGGAGACGCUGCACAUCGAGGAGUACCACAUCACUCUGGCCAAGACCGUCAUACAGAGGCUGCAGGUGGAUCUGGAUCGUUCUGCCUCCAUCAACAGGAGUCUGGGCUCCAGAGUGGCUCAGUGCAGCCUCAACGGUCUGGCCGACUUCCUGUACAGUUUCCAGCGUAAAGCUGAGAUGUUUCAUGAAGGGAUGCAGAGCGGCAUGUUCGGAGACAACGAGGACGGAUACGUGUCCAAAACCAUCGCUCUGGUCAACUGCUGCCCGCCGUUCAGGGGCUUCGUGCAGCGCUGUGCUCAGUGUGACCCGUCGGUCAGCGAGGACUCUCUGCGUCGGGCCAACAAAGCUCUGGAUAGCAUCGUCCAGCAGGGAGUCAGGGUUCUGUCUGACCGGCUCUACCUGCACAUCAGGCCGUCCUUUGAGCGUCUGGUGAAGAGGAAGUGGUUGAGUAACACGGAGCCAUUUGAGCAGAUUGAAUCUCUCAUCAAAGAAUAUUUCAAGAAGUAUCACAGGAUGGACAGUCCUCCGUACCAGCUGCUGGUGGCGGAGGUGCACCGGCGUGUGGUGACGGAGUACCUCCGCUCCGUCAUGAGAGGAAGAAUCAUCUGCACCUCCAUGAAGAUGAGGAAGAGGAUGGCCGGCCGGCUCCGAGACGAAGGCAGACAGAUCAAAGUCCUCUUCAAAGACCUGGAGUCUCCGUCCAGCUGGUUGGACGGCGCUCUGUCUCACAUCUCUGAGAUCAUCCAGCUGGAGGACGUCCCCUCAAUCCAGAUGGAGGUCGGAGUUCUGGUCCGAGAGUUUCCUGACGUCAGGAAGAAGCACGUGUCGGCCAUUUUGAACAUCCGGGGGAUGACUCGGCAGACGGAGCGCCAGGAGAUCCUGAACAUCGUCAAAGACAUCGAGAGCAGCGACGCCGUCGGCGGCGGGGUCGGCGUCUUGGCCCGUCUGACCCGGGACCGCGGCCUCUUCUCCGAGGUUCCGGUCACCUCCGAGGUCCACUGCCUCAACGUGGGCCUGAGCCGCAUCGCCCUCACCGCCUCCUCCUGCUUCUCCACGCUGAGACCCAGACCACGCGAGACCAGGACCAGAACCAUCCAGGAGAACCCCGACGACGUCCUCUGAUCGGAGAGAGCUCAGAGUUAUUGAUCCGGACUGAAUAUCAGAUCAACGUUAGAUCAUUCAGACCUUUAUGUCUCUGGACAAGGAGGAGACAGAAGUCCUCGGAGGAUGUAGAUGAGGAUGGAGGACAUGUGUGAAGGACGGCUGGACUAUUAAUCAGAUAACUAUAACCAUAGAGGCGUCAAAGACUCUUAAAAUCGAAUCUCUUUAUUUGAAACACGACUUAUUGAUUUGAAAUCAGAAAAUAAUUUUAGAAAAAUAAAAAAUGCACUUUUGCUACGGAAGCCUGGAGAGGAAAGUGAGAAAAAUAAACGUCUUAAAGGGACAGUGUGAAGGAUUUAGAGCCAUCUAGUGGUGAGUUAGCAGAUUGCGGCCAACUGAAAACCCCUCCGCUCACUGCUUUUGAAGAUUUAGAAAAUGUAUCAGCAGAAUGUUUUUCCUUCUCACUGGCCUGUCUGGGCUUCCGUACUUUUUUCUAUGUGUUUGGAUGAAACAAGAAUUCUGUAGAUUCAAACGUCUCAUGUGAUUCAGGACAAAACUUUGAGCUGAAAGACGCCUCGUAGAGGAUCAAUAACAUGACCAGCUCUCUGUGCUGAGGUGCAUUAUGGGACAAAGACCAGAACCAGGAGGACUGAACCAGACCACCAGGCCAUCAGGACUGAGAACCAGCAGCCGAGGAUCUGAGGAUCAGGAUUUGUUUCUUUGUUUGUAAUAAACGUGGAGUUCAGGAUCGCAGAAAAAAAAUGAAAAUAGAGUUUUACAGGUUUAUUGCUGCACAUGAUAAAAUAAAAAUAAAGUUUUAAUCAAAGGUACUACGAGGAUUUAACGGCGUGAUUAUAGUUCAAGCUCUUUGGUGUGAUGAGGUUUAUUAUAAAUAUGGGAUAAACAUUACUUCUCUUUGGUGGUAAAAUAAUAAAACCUUUACUGCAUAAUUUUCUCAUUGAUUAUAAAAUAAAAGGAGACGACAGAUUGAGACUAAAUGUUGUUUUUUAACAGUUCAUUCUGUUCUUUUAUGUUUUAGCUCAUAAACAACAAAUAACAUAUUUAAUUUACUGCUGAUCAUUAAAUAAAAACAUCCAGUUUGUCUUUUAUUAAUUAUUGAUGAUUUUCUAGUUUUUUGUUUUUAUGAGUUGAUGCAGUUCAGAGCAGCGUCACUGGUGCGUUCAAGGACCCUCCGACGUUUGGGAUCUCACUCACCGUAAAAAACAAGGAAAAAGUUUGGGUGAAAAUUUCAUAUUUUCAUUUUUCAGUCAGAUAAAACUGCAGCAAGUGAAAACGACAUCAUGCUAACACCUGUCAACGCUUUCAAAAUGAAAAGGUGUAGUUACACGUUCUGACCACCAGGCGGCAGCGUUCACUCAUCAGUUUGUUUUAAAGUUCAGAUCAGAAACUCUGUUUUAUUAUUUUGUGUGUCUUGUGAAUGUGGAUGUUUGAAAUUAAUAUUUCUGUACAUAAUCAACUUUAAUGACAAUAAAAAUGAUCAGAUCACACACUUCUUUUAUUUGGGACUUUGAUCUGACUCUCCUGCAGGAUUUCAUUUGUUUUUUAAAAGUCUGAUUUGACGAGAAGAGAAUCUCUCUGAAUCUGAAUCAUUUCAUUUAUUUUAUUUUUAUUAUUUUUAACUUGAGUUUUUUGUUUGUCUUUGGAUUAGAAGUGCUUUUAAAGGUUUAAUGUGAACUACUUUUUAAUUUAUUCAUGACUUUUUCAGGGAGUCAAUAACAAACCUACUUCCUGUUCAAGUCAUCA